AUGGUGCUGGUGUGGGCGCUUGUGAUUCCCACCAUUUCGUCCAUUUCGAUGUCCUAUCAGCUGCCCAGACGCUCUGCCACAACCCACUCCCUUCUGACUGAUCGAUGUGACGUGGCGAUGCGCCUCCAGUGCACUGCAGCAGCCCAUUCCACCAACCACCCCAGCCGUUACACUCCCACGCACCGUCUUGUUUACCCGAAAGCGCGUCACAUCUCAACUGCAGUCAUCGAUCGUUGGUUUAGAGUUGGGGCGAUCUUUGGGCUGCACAUCACGUGA